GAUUGAGCGCCAUACAACAAACAUGGCUGCCACUGCUCUCUCUCUCGCUCUCUUUCUCCCCCACAACUCCAAGCGAAAGAGAGGCACCGAGAGCGAACGAAAGAGAUGGCCGCCCGAGAGUGGAGAACAUGGAGAUUUUUACGGGAUAAGUGCAAAAAGCAGGAAUGAGAGAGGAGAUGCUCUUUUUGCAGCACAACUCAAAUGUUAAUUAAAAUUUAAAUGCUUACAGGGACCCGUGGCAAAUUAAAUGUUGAUUGAUUCAUCACAGGACCUCUCCUCUGCGUCACUUCUGCUGAGCCGGCGAAAAAAACAGGGAGCAACAGAGAACAGUAAAGGGACAAAUAAAAUAAAAUUGUCGCAAAAGCGCCGUUUACAAGUUGCCUUGACAAUCGCCCCAAGUUUCAAUUACCGCCGAAUCGCUUAACUACCGAAAAGGGCAAUAAACCCAAAUGGUCCGGAAAAUAAAUGUGUAUAUUAAAGCAUAAAAUAUAUGUACGAACAUUAGCGGCAGCAGCAUCAGCAUCAGCGUGGCCACUAGGCUAAAUUAUAAAUCGGAUUUAUGACCCAUAAUAUUUUUUGGGAGUCCAAAAGUAAGCGUAAAUGUUAAGGCCAGAAAAAGAAGUAAAUUAAACAGCUUGUCGAGUAAUUUCAAUUUAAUGUUUUUUUUUCUUACUUGAACGUAUUUAGUGCUUUUAAUUGUUGAAUGUGGAUAUGUAUGAACAUUAAUGCUUUUCAUAAAGUUUUACGUUGCUUUGUGAGGCAUUAAGAUUUAUUAUUAAAGAUAUAGAUAUAAAAGAUAUUAGUAAUUAAAUUUAAUGAAACCCCAUUGGUACUUAUAGAUUUAAUUAUAAUAAGGCGGAUUUUAACAAUUUUAAUCAAUCAAAGCAUCUAGCAUGCUUUUGCUUGGCUAAAACUUGUUGGGAAUCAUAGAGUUCGUAGAGUUAGAACUCUAAUUGCUAAGAAAAUUUCCCUUCCCAUUUGUUACUUUAACUCACUUUCCGUUUAUUUUCAGUCCUUGCAUGAUCAGGUGCUUAAAUUUUAUAGCAUGGGCGUAGUAUUUAUCACUGUUCCGUUCCGAUUUAGUCAUUAUCCGAGCACACUUUAGUAAUGCUAAUUCUGUUGUUGGGGCCAAGAUUGCUCCUAAUGCCACGCUGACAUGCAAUCAAACUUUGGUUUUCCAUUGUUCCUCAUUUUUUUCCUCGUUAUUUUAUUUAUUUUUUGUUGUUGUUUCUGAAAGGUUUCCACCUCUGACAAAAGAGGGCAAUGAAAAGAAUUCCAACUCGAGAUAGACCCCGAAACGAAACGCAAAGAACUCGGAGGCAGAGUGUGUGUUGUUGUUGAUAGCAAUCAACAUCAAUUAAAGCAGCUGUCUGUCUUUCUGUCCCGUUGUUGCUGCUGUGUUUGCUGCUGCUUUAACCGUGUAAUUAUAUUCGUUGUUGCGCCUUUUGGCUGCAUCAUCAUCAUCACCACGAUCAUCGGCAAUGCAUUAUGCACUACUGCCAGCAACAUGUUGCUGCUGCGCCUCCAAGUAGUAGCAACUGUCCGUCCGACUGUCUGUCAGUUCUGAUGGCAACUGUUGAUAAUUAUAAUCCGCUUGUGGUUAAAAUGGUGUUGCCUACCUUACUGGCGAUAAGCGCGCAUGAAUAAUUAUGUUGCCGCUGUCGCUGAGCUGAGCUGACGUAGCUGUUGCUGUUGCAGCUAAUGCUGAUGUUGCUGCUGCUGUAGCUGUUGCUGUAGCAAUGUCGCCUGUUUGGUUGGCUGUGCGCGACAACUCAUGAAUAAUUAAUGCACUGCGCCGCGGCGACUCUGUUUCUGUCGCUGGCUAAAUGUUGCUGCUGCAACUUGUCUGCCGUAUCUUUUCAAUUACAGCCGGAAAUCGUGAAUUACGCCGGACAAGUCUUAGUUGGCAAUAAAAGAGCAAAAAAAAAAGGCAGAAAAGAGCAGCAAUGCCGUUCUCAUUGUUGAUUAACUUUGACAGUUGCUUUUGUUGCUGAGCAAAUAUUUAUUAAAUACACAGCAGCAAUCUCCUCUGAGGGUGCCGACGACGACGACGACAACAAUUAACACUCAAACGGCAGUGGCAACUAUUAUCAACUCAAUUUGAAUAAAUUCGCUCGUGACAAAACGCAAAGGUAGGGGGAAACACGCUAAAGUUCCCACCUUAAAUUAAAUAAGCAAUGAGUUUGUCUUGCAAAAAAUACAAAAAAAUAAAAAUAGGUUCGGGGCGGUCGCACAAUUGGCACUUGAAAGGCAUCAAGAUACAAUGGCAAUAACUGCAGCGGCAGCAGCAGCGGCAAACAAGCUAAACAAGUAUUGCUGCUGUGCCGGGGAGCAGCAGCAGCAACAUCAGCAGAUAAAAGGCAGACAAAAGGCACGAGAUGUGAGAGACGUCUAGGGUUGCUGCCUGGGAAUUGAAUUCCAUUCAAAAGACGGCAGCAGGCUGUUUGUCAUACUUGCAACAGCAGCAGCAUCAGCAACAGCAGUGGCAGCAUUGGCCAGAAGCAGAACCCAGUGAAAUGGCUUACAUGCAUUUCUCUGCCCCUCUGCAGAGGCAGGCGUGUUGAGGUGUGUUGAGAUAGCAUCUUGCAUAAAAUUACUGCCAGUGGAAGCAGCAGCAUCACCAGCAGCAGCACGAGGAGCAGGAGCAACAGCAGCAGCAGGAGCCAGAGCCAGAGCCACCAGCGACGUGGCUGCCUGAUGCUAUGCCACUGAUAGCCUCGAAAUUGUUGGCAGUUGCAAUUUGCUGUUUGGAAUUUUAAGCGAGCCAACAAUGAAGUUCAAACCGAAGCGAAGUGAGGGAAACAAAAGCGAACAAAAAAGAUACAAAUAAAAAUAAAAUAAAAAAGCAAGAACCGAAAGGAAGAAAGCCAGAGGAGCCUCGACAGCAACAUCAUUCUCAUGCUCAUCAGCCAGCAGCUGAAAAGCCAGGGCUUCCAAGUUUAACCCGUCGUCUCUGGUAUCGAUUUUUGAUUGCCUUUAAAAAUAUUCGAUUUUCGGAACAAAGAAAGUCUAGAUUGUUGCCGGCCAAAUUGGUUUUUACUUAUAGUUUUGGGCGGAAACAUGUCAUGUUUACAUAAUGUCUGAUCUGUGGCUUACAACGUUAGAGGAAAGUCAUUACAAGUAGUUUUAGUUUACUAUUUUGUUUUCAGAAAAGUCUUAGUAUUUUAAAAUGAUUUUUUAGAUAUUUAAUAUUGUAAAAUGAAAAAUUUAACUUUAAUUAUGUUGAAAUAAAGGGAAUAUCAACCUAAGAGAUAUAAUUGACAUUUUAAGACAAGUUACUCCAACUAACUAAAUAUAUCUACUUUUUAAAUAUAUUUAUUAAAAGAAAAAUUCGUGUUCUUUUAUAAAAUGAAUAGUUUUUCCUCUUUUUUUCAAACUUUAAAGCAAUUUAAUGCCAUAAAUUGUUUGAAUAUCCGGCUUUAAGCUUUAAAGGUAAUGAAACUUGAGUCAGCAAGGAUAUUUAACGCCAGUUGGCGGAUUAAAUGUGUAAUUUUUUCCCCCAAACUGCCACAUUUUACCCAGCUUGGCUGAAAAUGGGUUAAGUUUGGGGGCCCCUUGGUUCCAGAGUCAGAGCUCCGUUGAAUUCGAGACCUGCGAUUGCAAUAAAAGUCAGCAGGCAGGCACUGAUGUGUUGCUCCUGCUGCUGCUGCUCCUGCCUUCCUCCUUCCCCAUUUGAAUUUUAUUUCACUGCUGC